AUGAUGACAUCGGAUGGCUCGGGGAUGAAGCGUCAAUUGGACAAUGGAGACGACUUUGAUCCAUCCAAGCGCCAGCGAGGCAACUCCUCGCAGUCGGCAUCGCGGGUUGUGUUUGUCUGCGGGCUACCUGCUGACUGUCUGGAGAGCGAACUACUAGCGCUUUGUUGCCCGUUUGCUGUUGUGGAAAAGUGUCUCAUGAUCCCGCAGAAACGCCAAGCAUUUGUACAAUUACCCGACGUCACAUCAGCCGCUAACCUCGUCACCUUUUACCAGACACGCGAGGCACUUAUUCGUGACAAGAAAGUCUUUUUUGAGAUUAGCAAUCGUGAUGAAAUUAUCAUGCGUCAGGAGAACGAGGCUCCUUCGUACCAGCAGCAGCAACAACAACAGGUACCACCAAGAGGUGCCCCAUACCAACAAUCUCAGUCGAUGCAGUAUACGCCGCUGCGAGACCCUCCUCCAUUCGGUGCAGACGGUGGAGGUCACCGAGGCACGAUAGGCCACGAUGGUCCUCGUCGUGGUAUUGGACCACCGAACCAAAUCCUUAUGGCGUCGGUGUCCAAGAUCGAAUACGAUGUGACGGUGGAUGUUCUGCAGCAGGUUUUCCAAAAGUUUGGCAACGUCGAGAAGAUCGUCACGUUUUGGAAAGACAACGAGUUCAAGGCGCUCAUACAAAUGGAAUCAGUGGAUCAAGCACAAGCCGCACAAUCAGCGCUGGAUGGGCGUGACAUUUACACAGGCUGCAACCAGCUCAGCAUUGUCUUUUCACGUCACCCAGAACUUCGUGUGCGCUAUAAUGACGACCGAUCGCGCGAUUAUAAAAAUCCUAAUCUUCCUCCAGGUCCUGGUCGUGGUGCAGGUGCUCGUAGUGAAAACGGCUUGCCGAUCGCUACUCCUUCAGACCGACGCGAUGCCCCUCGAGAUGCUGGAUACAACCAUCCAUCCCCACGCCGCGAUGAUCUCCCUUAUCGCGAGCCUACUCGUGCUCCAAACAUUGGACGAGCUGAUCAAUACGCUCCGGUCUUGCGUGAUAAUCGCGAACCGCCGCCGCGGUUCGAUGAACGGCCAUUGCAUAUGGACAGACCUCGUGAUGGUCGCGGUGGGCGCGAGUUGCCUGCGCAUUCGACGGGGCGAGCCAUUCGAGGUGAUACUCGUCCUUCUCCUGCCUUGAUUUGUAGCAAUAUUGAUCCCAGCUUGGUGAUCCCGCACCGCCUCUUUACGCUAUUUGGCUGCUUUGGUGACGUACUUCGGAUUAAGAUCAUGUUUCGCAAGCGGGAUACGGCGCUGAUCCAGUUUGUUGAUGAUGUUCAUUCAACUUCGGCUUUGGAUCAUAUGGAUGGUGUCUACGUUUUUGGCAAAAAGCUGCGUGUGGAUUACUCGAAGCACACGAGCGUGUCAAUGCCCCAUGCAGAUGCGGACCGUUUUGAGAUUGAGAAUACGCUCGACUUUUCGGGUUCACCACUUCAUCGCUACCGACGACGCAGUCCACAAGAGGCUGUUUCUCCUUGCCCGCUUUUGCACAUUUCAGGCAUUCCGAUGGAGCUGCAACGCAACCAGGACGCCCUUGUGGGUCUUUUCACGCAGUACGGCUUUGUCAAGAAUUUCCACUACUUGCAGAACAACCCCAAAAUGGCGCUGAUUGAAAUGGGCUCCAUGGAUGAGGCAAUCAUGGCGCUUCUUCGGAUCGACAACAUGGCAUACCCGGACUCGCACAUGCGCAUAUCCUUUUCCAAAGCCUACCAGUUUUCUGCUGGGAACGGCGACCUUGCUCCUGGUCUUAUGCCAGGCCCUGGCGCUGAUUCAGGCGGCUGGAACCCACCGAUGCAAUCACGCCCAAGAGACCGAAGUCGCGAUCGCAAUCGUAAUCGAGAAAGAGGUCCACCUGCUGGGGGAGAUCGAGACCGAUCGUUUCGAGACCGAGGUCCACCACCGCAGCGAGGGCGUGAUAACACUUUCCGUCCUCCUCCGCGAUAUUGA